GGUUGCAGAACAUUCCUGGCUACAGAAUGCAAAGAAAGCUUCAAAUGUUCCGUUAGGAGAUAUUGUGAGGACAAGGCUUAAGCAGUUCUCCGUGAUGAAUAGAUUCAAAAAGAGAGCUCUUCGGACUCUGCAGAGUUGAAUCCAAAUGGUGUUACUAUUCUUUUGGUUUUGGUUAUGAUUUUUCUUUUUAAAGGGGAAUUAUAUGUUUAAUAUUGUAAUCUGUAUAAUAAUAUAUAUAUUUUUCAUAUCAAAUAAAGUGUAGAGUAUGGACUACUAUGUGUGCAACUGAUAAGAGUGUUCUGGGUCUUUCUUCCAAUGUCUUAUCCUCCUACUAUUAUUAUGACUUGGUCCCACUACCAGGAUCAAACAAUGAAUCUUGGUGCCAAGGGCUGGAUGGAUUGGCUUCAAGAUCUGCUGAAUACUACAAGCAAGGUGCUCGAUUUGCCAAGUGGCAGACAGUUGUUAGCAUUCCAUGUGGUCCUUCUGCAUUAGCUGUUAAGGAAGCAGCAUGGGGACUUGCACGAUAUGCUGCUAUCUCUCAGGAUAAUGGCCUUGUUCCAAUUGUAGAGCCGAAAAUUCUUCUAGAUGGUGAUCACCCGAUUGAGAGGACAUUAUAUAUAAAUGUCAUUAGCAAUCUCUGCUAUAUCUAUAGGGCAGCAAGGAAACAAGAGAGCAUGAGGCUUACUGCAGGAUCAUGCUUAGUGCGCUUAGUUCGGUUUAACCAUCCUAGCAUUCAGUUGGUUGCAGAGAAAUUGUCAUUCAAGGACCUUGCUUCAUCCCUUGUCAAGGGUAGUCCAAGAGAGCAGCAAGUUAGCCUGAAUCUCCUUAACAUGGCAAUGCUUGGAAGUCACAUGUUGACAAAUAUUGGAAGAUACCUCAUACCUCUUGCAGAGGACAAAAAUUUGAUUCCAAGUCUUUUGUCUCUUGUUGAGCAGGGUAGUGAAAUUCUAAAAGGAAAGGCACUUUUCUUUGUGGCUCUACUUUGUAAGCAUGGUAGGAGGUGGCUUCCACACUUCUUAGCAGUUCAUUGUUUAAACACAAAGUGGUUACAAUUCACGUCCUACGGCAGCUGGCCAAUCUAAUUAAACUCAUUGAGACACUGUUUCAGCUUGACAAUAUUUAUUGAGGACAACUGGUUCGGAGAUCACAAAAGUUCAGAAGAUUAUGCUGUAUGGUUCAACCAGACAAAAAGAAGUCGUCAAAAACUGUAGGCACAUAGUGAUAAUUUCUUGCUUAAGCUUAAGCUUGACAAUACGUACAGUGGAACAAAGCAAGCUGCACAUAGGUUGAAGAUUAUAUUUGGAUUAGCUGGUCUGAAAGCUGCUGAGCUUCAUGGAAAUCUUACUCAAGCCCAGUUCCUUGAAGCUGAAAACAUGAUUACUCAUAAGGAAGAGAUCUUUUCCCGCUCUAAAAGAACCUGGUUUGUAACAGAGACAGAAAAGAAGGUUGCUGCAAAAGCACCGAAGAAAAAUUUGCCGAGAAAGCGUAGAAAAUUGGAAGCGGCUAGAGAGAUGUUGGAAGAUGAAGGAGAUGAUGACAAACCUGAUUGUUAAUUAAAAAUUGGGAACUUUGCUUCAUUCUCUCUGCUGCAUUA